AUGGAGCCGGUGCCAUUGCAGGAGUCCGUGCACGAGCAACACACCCACUUAGACGAAACAAAGGAAAAGCACGAAAAGAAGAAACGCCACAAGAAGCGAACAGGAAAGCACCGCGACGCUGUGGCGUCAGUUUCGCCUAGCCAUCAUGACGAAGUGUUGUCGGACGCAAACGCGAAAGGCGAGACGGGGAGUCCAUUGCAGCAAGAGGCUCAGUCUCCCCAAGCACCACAAGAACAACCGCAGCAGCAACAGCUGUCGACCCAACCGGCUGCCUCAGGCAGCAAGGAAUUACAGGAGCAGCAUCAAGUCGGGAAAGAACCAACUCCUGCCGACAAACAUCCAUUGCAGCAAGAGGCUCAGUCUCCCCAAGCACCACAAGAACAACCGCAGCAGCAACAGCUGUCGACCCAACCGGCUGCCGCAGGCAGCAAGGAAUUACAGGAGCAGCAGCAAGUCGGGAAACAACCAACUCCUGCUGACAAACCUGUAGCGGAAACUGCAGACGCCUCUAUCCGCCCGAGCUUGGUCGCCAUAUUUGCGGCCUGCCUGCUUGCGGUCAUCGCGAUCUCGAUCAGCGUUGUGAUCUUCAACUGGUUCGGCCGCAGUGUAGGGGAAGGCUGCGUUUACACGGCAUGCAGGGAGGUGCUGGAAUACAUGGAAGCCAUCGUGGACAGGAAGGUCAAGCCAUGCAACGACUUCUACGGGCACGUUUGCGGCCACUGGCUCUCACGGGAGACCUCGCCAACGCCGACGCCAGCGCCGCCAACGUCUUCCUUCAUGGCGGAUGUUCUACGAAACUACACCGCUAGGAGGCACCGCGAGAUGAUGGCGCGCGAGUCGUGGGCUGAGCCCGCCGACUCGGUGUCACGUUACUACGUGUAUUGCGUCGCCUACAACAGCGUCCCGAGGACCCUGCAGGAAACAGUGGAGAAGCUCUUUAAGGUCACUGGCAUAACCCCGGCACCAUGGCAAAACAUUUCCAUGGAUGCUGCAGUUGCCAACCUCGUACGGCUGACCUACGUCUAUCGGUUGCACUCCCUCUUCAGGAUCACUACGCACAAAGACGAUUUCCAUACCUACUUAGAAAUAGACAGGUGGACUUCCUUCAAACGCCGGCUUCCCAACAUCGGCAAUGACAGUCAAGAUAACGCGUUUCUCGAAUCCGUGCUGAAUACCAUCGCAGGCAAAGACGUCAGUGCCACGGUGGUCAAAGAAUGCUUGGCUCUCGAUGAUAGCAUCGGGCUUAAGGAAACGCGGGGUCACAAUUCCUCGCCAGACCCAAUUUCAGCCGACGAUUGCACCGAGUUUCCGCCUCCGAAAUGGAUUACGCUAGUCAACGCUGUUGAAGACGCACCAAAGUUGCCCGCCAACGUUACUGUCAUCGGGAGAGAAUUCAAAGAUGCGUGCAGCGAUAUCAUGUCCGUUUUUCUCCACGUCGAAAUGCCCGUAAAGGCAUUGUACCCAUUGGCACUGGUGGCGGUCAACGUACUGAAGCUCGACUACAUGCUCGCCUCAGGUUCGAAGCUCGAACCGGAGCUGGUGCAGAAGGUCUGCCAUCAGGACACCAUGGCCGUCUUCAAACGCCUCUGGCUACCAUCCUUGACCAAGGUACUGUCCAUCUCGUCGGAGACCGCCUUAACCGUGGGCAGCUACUUCUCGGUCUUCAAGACGGCGAUGGAGCAGCGCAUCGACGACGACCUCAAAUGGAUGAGCGAGGUCGACCGUGAAAGCACCUUGUUGAAUGCGAAAGAGUUGCAGAUAUCCAUGUUCAGCAAUAGCUCCCUGUCUGAGGAGGAAAUUGGCGACAGCCGCUUCAACCCGAGCUUCGGUAUGCGCAAGAACGACUGGAUCUUCAACAAGGUGACCGUGCUGAAGAGGCUCAAGCUAGCCGACGACGUGGACGACGACGCGGACGCGGUGCGAGACGACGACGAAUACGCGAACACCGUCGAGGUCGAGCUGGCUGUCGACCCCGCCGCUGGCAAGAUCACCGUGCCGCAAAUGUUUGCCAUCCCGCCGGUGUUUUUCAGCGAUCUGUCGGGCGCCAGCUACCCCAACAUCGCACUGCUUGGUGUCCAGAUGGCGCGCAAGAUGCUGGGCCUUCUCAUCGGAUCGCAGGCCGCCGGGUACUCGUGGUCUAACGAGACAGCGACUGCUUACAGCGCCCUACGAAAGUGCUACGCCAACCGGUCGGCCGCAUUUCACGCACCUCUGGAAACUGAACAGCAGUUUGACGAGGCCGUCGCGGCAGCCCUGGCGAUCAAGCUGGCCUAUCGAUACAGGCCGUUGAUGGGAGAGGGCAGCUCAGUAGACGACCCUAAAGUUUCAUCAGAGGGCCUGUUCUUCAAACGGGCUUGCCUUUCCCUCUGCGCUGGCGGGCAGUUGCGCCAGGACUUCAAUUCCUUGGAGAGGGACGUCGCGUCAGCUGCCUGCACGCUUGCCGCGUCCAGCAUGCCGGAGUUCCACAAGACGUUCGGUUGCCGCGAUCGGGACCCUAUGGCGGCACCGAAGCUGUGCACAUUUUAGACUUUAUUAACUUGUCCGCUGACGUACACGCCACUUCGCCAGACGAUCUAGGAUACAGUGCUGGACCCAUGACCCUCAUGGGUGUUUCGUUUUCGUACGUGAUUAUCGCGUCUGAGAAGAGGGACAAACGCUUUUCGCUGAUCUGCUAUUUUUCCUUUUUUUAUUAUUCUGCACGCAAUUCCCGUUGUCCUUUCCACGAGGCUUUCUGACAUUUUAUGACCGCACGAUAUCUGACCCUAGUACCGGCGUUAGACAUACGGUGGCGAUUCUAUGCAUGAUUUCAUAUAUGUGAUUGUGUUAAGUUUUCAAUUGCGAAUGAAAUCGUCCUCUAUGAAUAGGCUCGUUACAAAAGCGGUUAUGUAUGUAAAAGGAGAUUUUAGAAAUUCUUGUAGUAGUGUAAAGACGAAACCACCCAGUCAAGCCGGUAAUCUCAGUAGCUUUUGGUGGGUGCUCCUUCCUUGUAUGCGUUUCAGUCAAAGAGAAUAUUUUCGAUACUGUCAGCUCGAGCGGUUCGCUUCUUGGUUUAGUGAGAAUCACCUGAUUGUGCGGGGAAGCGGGACUACUUAGAGCAGCUUGAUGCAGUGUGUGUUUGUCUUUUGUUGAAGGAAUACUGUACAUGCGAUUAUCAGCGUUUAUCUGGGCAAACAACUAGUAAUUUCCUGUCAAAAGUAAACCUAAGCAGCAUCGUUUAGCCACCACCAAUUUUGUUUCGAUAUCGAAUAAUCGAUAAAUAUGCACUUCGACGCAAUUCCGAUAACUUUCACUAUAAAAAAAUAAAAAACGACACUUUCUUGAAGUGUCCCGCCUCUAGGGCAUUUAAAUAGUAACACAUUACUAGCAAGUGCGUCAAGAAUCGUUGGACAUUCUGUUGUUGACCACUACCAUGACUAUUUAACGCAUAAUAUCAUUGUUGUCAAAACAAAACAUUCUCUAGUAAGAAUUCUAGGCAGUCUGAGCAUACAAGCAGUCUGACAGCAACGUCACAGCCUUCAAGCACCUUCGUCCAGCGAAGUGAUUCGUCUGAGGCUGGCACGUUCGCUUCGUAGAAAAAAGCGAUGGUAAUUUGAAUCGCAGUUCUCCUGCGAAACAAAAAAAAAAAACGCUGAAACUCCUCUGGUAGUUGUCUAACUAUGCGUAAGCAUUGUGCAACUUGCUCACAUCCACGAAACCCAGUGUCAUUACCAUUGUUAUGGAACUUGAUCCGACCAGUAUAAGCCCCUAACAACCCUCAUCGUUCGUUGACAUGUUUGAUAGCGAAUAUGAUAACGCAGGUUUAAUUAAGAUAGAGCUAAUUGCGUCACUAUAACCCACGACCGUUGGUGUUAAGGUGAACGUAAUUAGCCACAUGUAGUGUUGUUGAGAGGUAAUACGGGCGGGAAGAAACUGAGUAGAUAGGACAGACACUCACUUGCAACUGAAGUUUAAUGAAAGUUUUUCCAGGCAAUGGAGGGCAGCACAUGCCCAGUCAAAAGACUCAUACAAAUCUCAAGCAUAAUCACAUGCAAAGAACACUAACGCCCAAGGAUAUAUCUAAUAUUUUUAUCCGUCGAGGCAACUGACGGGACACUGACACACGUGGCAGAUUGGCCAGCCUCAAUAAUUUCUCUCGCCAGUCUGUCAUUACACUUGUUUAAAUUGGAUGCAUUUCUAAAUAGGUGCAACCACAAUCUUUGAUGUGUGCAGGUAGCUGCAUACCACCCGCAACAGCCUUUGAAGACACCGAGUGCUCUCUGAGUCGGUCGUUUAUACAGCGACCCGCUUGGCCAAUGGGAACUUUACCGCAGUGGAGCGGAAUCUGGCAAACGACCUCCGUGGCGCAAGUCACUGAGGUCAUUUACCAGACUUGCGCCGUUGAGGUCGUUUACCAGAUUCCGCUCCGCUGCGGUAAAGUUUACAUUGUCCAAGCGGGUCGCCUGUUCUUUUGUAUGGCAUGCUUCCAUCCGUUCACGUGCAGUUUGGUCUUUGCUUUUACCUAAAAUUUUAAUCUUUUGGAAACUCGACUCACACAAGCAAUCGAUGCGGUGGACAGGCAAGUGCGCCAGGUCGCCUUUCUUCAAAUUUUCGCUCGUAUUCCCUGAUUAGGUGUCGUCUUUCUGUAUGUGGUACUAUGGUAUGGUACUGUGGUAUGUUACUGAGCCACAUUGUUGCGGAAACUUUUUCACGCCCUCGGGGAUGUCAGCAUGGUCUCCGAUAUAGUCGCUCGAGGACGACCGAUUUUGGUUGGCCGAGCUUCUCUUCAAUAGAACAUGCCUUUCCCUCUGCGCUGCUAGGAAGCUGCACCAGGAUUUUCAACUUCCUACACGAGGAGAUAUAGCACAAGCGUUACCUGCAGGCUGCACGCUCGCUAUGUGCAGCAUGCCGCAGUUACAUUAGGCGUUCACUGCAGAAAUAUUGCUCUAAUAGCGGCGUCUAAGCAACGUACAUUUCGGAGUAAGUAUUAGAUCGUUUUAAUAAGCAGCUGCAGAAUGCCCUGCUGCCAAACAUUCUGGUCACGAAAACAUUUUCCGGGGUUUUAGUUGGUUCAAAACCAUCACUGACCAAACAGCCCUUCAAUUUGAUCUUAACCGGGUGCAAGAAUGGCGUGAUGUUUGGUUGCGGCGUCACGUCCCCAAACCUGCCUGCGCCUACCUGAAAACGUGAACUUUCGACGCCACGAUGCACACAAACGUACUCUUAAAUUUUGCUUACAGUAAACCUUUCUGGCAACGUUACUACGUCGUUGAGCCACGUCUUAGCGAUUUUAGUGACGCAGGCGUAAUACUGGUACUUUAUAGCCAACACUGCGCUUUUGUGACUCUGCACGGCAGUACAUGGUCCGGUUCUGACGCCUGCAUUAGCCUUCACGGCAACGACACGACGUGCAAUGUAGUCGCCGAACCAGGCGUACGUAGUCAGUUCGACUGGCAUGUGAAGUUGGUGUUUAAAAGACUGGUCCUGCUGAGAGUAAGCAAGUUGGCGAGCCCAGCUUAUUAAACAACGUUUGGUGCUAAAUCAAGCAAGGACAUGCGCACUAAUCUGCACUGUCAUAAGAGAAAAUACUCUCGGCUUCUUAUCAAAGAUAUACGACACGUAUUCGCUCCAUAAUCGCUUUUCCUUUUCGGAUCGUUGCACACGGCAUCGAAGAACUUCUGUAAAGUGCAAUGAACAAAUAAUACACACCG